AUGGCGACAAUCCAAGAUUUAUUGGCCGCUGGACCGAUCAAGGAUCCACAAACAACACAGUAUGUGGACACGGUGCAAGCGUACGACAAAUGGGCGGAGGUGUAUGACACAGACGGCAACUUCCUGCAGCGUCUUGACACGAUUGAGAUGCGCUCACUACUUCCUGGUUUCCUCGACCGUGUAUUCGCUUUCCAAGAUGCAUCUGAGACAGGAUCUCCCAGAACAAACCUUGUAGAUUUGGGUUGCGGCACAGGCCGAAACACUAUCCAACUACUUGAUACCCUGUUGGCCAAGAGACCCGAUGGCUUCGACCUCAUGGGGCUUGAUGCUUCACCGGGGAUGCUAGAAGUGGCGCGAACUGCACUCAAGGAGCAUGUGAAUAAAAAUGGGUAUUCUCAGACCGUUUCACUUGAGAUUCUGGAUAUACUACAACCUAUCUCUUCGUCACGAUUGCCACCGUCACUUGAUAUAGGAGCUGCAGGUGUGAUCUGCACUCUUGUACUAGAGCACAUACCACUUGCGCAGUUCUUUUCCGUAGCCUCAACAAUCAUGAGGCCGGGCGCAUAUCUUCUAGUGACAAACAUGCACGAAGAGAUGGGAAGGCGGAGCCAGGCCGGUUUCACAGACCCGGAGAGUGGUGUCAAGAUUCGGCCUACCAGUUACUGCCACGCAAUCCCUGAUGUUGUGGACGCCGCUCGAAGGGCUGGAUUCUCGGUUGAGAGGCUCGAUGACGCCACGGGAGUUGGUAGCCAAGAGAGUGGCGUCCUUGUCAGGGGCGUCGAUGAGAGAUUAGGAGAAAUGCUAGGCGCCAGAGCGAAGAAAUGGGUAGGAGUCAAUGUGUGGUUUGGGAUUUGUUUCAGAAAGGCGGAGUGA